GAAGAAGAAACUACUACCGCCUAGAGGAAAGCGUGACCGCGAAAAAAAAAAAAAACCUCGACAUUUCCUUACCAGCGCGCCUUUAAAGCCUAAUUUUAAAUUGUAUAAUGUUUACAAUUUAAAGUAUUGUAGUUUUACUGAAACAAAGUCGUGUUUGGGCGUUUCUUCUGUCGGUUAGCCUCUCAUGGUUAGCAUCCGGCUAGCAUAGCAGCGCCGCUGCGGUUCACCUGAAGAGUGACGCCUCCUUUACCGGACAGAUUCGAGGACUUCAUGUUUGGUCACCUGUCCGCUGCUUUCGCUCUGUUCCCCCGCUGUCUGGCCCAACCCUCAUCGAAGACUCUAUCCGGAGCCUGUCGCCUGUUCCGCGGGAUGGAACCAGUGAUCGUGAGGAGCCUUCCCGGGGAGCCGAAGCUCACCAUCUCCCUCUGCCUGAACGGGAGCCACAAACACAUGCUGCGGGACCAGGACGAGCCGCUGGGGAAGGCCCUCGCCAGGAUCUCCAGCUCCAGCGCCAAGAGCCUCACGAAGGCGAAGAAGACAAAGAAGAGCCGCGGAGAGCAGCCGGGCGAGGCGGCGGAGGCCGCGGUGGUGAAGCUGCUCUCCGGCGGGGAGGUGAUGCUGGAAACGCUCCCCAACUCGGAGGCGUGGCGGGACGGAGCCGUGCUGCAGGUAGGAGACGUGACGUUCUCUGUGCACCGGAACCCCCCCUCCUUCACCACGGCGGAGCUGCCGCUGUCACUGCUCUCCGGCUUCCCGGUCUGCCCAAAGCUGGAGGUGGAGUUCGGAAACCUGCAGGACAGCGAGUUCACGUGGUUCAAAGAAAACCCAACGAGUACGAGUCCUGAAGACGGUCCAGAUCCGGACUCAUCCUGGACUCAGGUGGGGUCUCAGCGCGUCCAUGUCCCCUCCAAUCAGGACAUUGGCUGCAGGCUCAAACUGAGGUGCACUCCCAAAGAGGGAGAACGCAGUGGCCUGGUCAAAGAGCUGAUCUCUAUUUCAGCUGUGGAGGCGGGACCUGGCGUUUGUACUUUUGACAACCGCCAUGCUUACACGGCAAAGGAGGCAGUGUGGCCGGCGGUGAGGGUGGCGUCUUACAACAUCCUGGCAGACAUCUAUGCUCAGACAGAACUGUCCAAGACGGUUCUGUACCCGUACUGUGCCCCGUACGCUCUGGAGCUGGACUACAGGCAGAACCUGAUCAAGAAGGAGCUGGCGGGAUACCACGCUGAUAUAGUCUGUCUGCAGGAGGUGGACAAAGGAGUGUUUGCCGACAGUCUGAGUCCUGCUCUGGACGCCUUCGGUCUGGAUGGCGUUUUCAGGCUCAAAGAGAAGCAGCACGAAGGGCUGGCGACAUUCUUUCGCAGGUCGAAGUUUCAGCUGCUGAGCAGCCACGACAUCAUGCUCAGCGAAGCGCUGACCUCUGACCCCCUCCACUCUGAGCUGCUGCAGAAGAUUUCUGGGAGUGUGGCCCUAAGGGAGAAGGUCCUGCUGAGAUCCACCUCCCUGCAGGUAACUGUUCUGGAGGACCGCAUCAGGACAGACAGGAAGCUGAUUGUGGCCAACACUCACCUGUACUGGCAUCCUAAAGGAGGGAACGUUCGGCUGGUCCAGGUGGGAGUGGCUCUGCGACACUUGAGUUAUGUGAUUGACACAGUUGCUCCAGGAGCUCCUCUUCUCUUCUGUGGUGACUUCAAUUCCAUGCCAGACUCGGGUCUGUUUCAGCUCCUCAGCAAGGGGGCGAUUCCUGAGCAGCAUCCAGACUGGAAUAGCUCGGGUCCAGAGGAGUCCUGCAGCGUGGAGCUGGCCUCCCCGUUUCCGCCGCUGCUGAGCGCCUGCGGACAGCCCGCUUACACCAACUAUGUGGGAGGAUUUCAUGGCUGCCUGGACUACGUCUUCAUACAGCCGGAGAGCAUGAAGGUGGAGCAGGUAAUUCCUCUGCCCAACCACCAGGAGGUGACGGCCUACAAGGCCCUGCCCAGCUUAGCUCACCCCUCUGACCACAUCGCUUUGGUUUGUGACCUUCUUUGGACUCCCUGACCUCUGGAGGAACAAGUUCCUGUUUGUUUUCAUUGGUUUUACAAGCAGAGAUGGAAUCAUACGCAUUUGAUGUUUUUUGUUUUUUUUUUCACUAUAAAUUAGAUUUUUUAGAAAAAUCCAGAGAAAUUGUAACUGCUGCUUCUGAAUCCACCUUUAAAUUUCUAAUGAAAUGAUUAAUUUAUAAAACAGCACAGUAUUUAUCACAAAUUUGUUUUUUCUGGCCAAAGCUGCUGCUCUGAGUCUUUAAAUAAAGUUUUAUAAACUGUA